AUUAGACCCGAUUGCAAAUUCACUACAAAGCUGCCUCAAAAGGGUUUUUUAAAAAUCUUUCUUUCCUUGACUGACUGCAAACUAAUUUCUUAUCCUUCCGGGCAUGGAUCCUCCAUGGAUCUUUUUCUACCUGAGCAUAGUAUGGGUACCCUGGUGCUAUGGUUUCAGUGUGGAUGUGGAUACCCCAACCAUCUUUGAAGGCCAAAGUCAGAGUUUCGGCACAAGUGUCGCCCAGAUUGAGAAUAAGGUGCUCGUUGGGGCCCCAUUCGAGACUGGACAGGGGAAUGAAACAGGCAAACUCUACCGAUGCGCCUACCCUUCAGGGGACUGUAAAGAGAUUAGCAUCCAAAGACCAAGAGAUGCUUUCAAUAUGUCCUUUGGUUUGACCUUGGUUGCCCAGAAUGAUCAGGUCCUGGUGUGUGGCCCCACGGUGCACCGGGCCUGUGGGAAAAAUAUGUAUGUAAAUGGCUAUUGCUUUCUGUUGGACCAAAAUCUUCAAGAAAAGGAACAUUUUCCAGAAUCAUUGCCAGAAUGCAUCCGUCAUCCAACUGACAUUGCCUUCCUGAUUGAUGGCUCUUCCAGCAUUGAAAAAGAAGACUUUGAAAAGAUGAAGCAAUUUGUUUCACAGAUCAUCAAGAAUCUCUCUGGCAGAGAUACACUGUUUGCUCUCAUGCAGUUUUCAGGGGACUUCAGGGAACAUUUUAAUUUCAAAAGUCAGGACCCUGCACAUCUUGUAAUGGAAGUGAAGCAGCUGCAAGGAUGGACCAAAACAGCCACACCAAAUUGCUGUUCCUUCUUCCUUUCCCUUUUCUUCUCUAGGAGGGAACUGUUUAUCGCAGGAAAAGGAUCUCGGAUUGAGGCUACAAAGGUCCUUAUUGUGAUAACUGAUGGAUACAAGGCAAGAGACGAUGCUGAGUAUUGGGAGGUGAUACCAGAGGCUGAACAAGCUGGGAUCAUCCGUUAUGCCAUCGGGGUUGGCAACGCGUUUUCAACAAUCAAAGUCCAGCAGGAACUGAAAGACAUAGCUUCUAAGCCGGACGAUGAGCACGUUUUCAAAGUCAAUAAUUUUAAUGCUUUGAAAAGCAUCCAGGACCAGUUGCAGAACAAAAUCUUUGCCAUUGAAGGCACCCACUUCCAAAGUAGCAGUUCCUUCCAGAUGGAAAUGUCCCAGGAAGGUUUAAGUGCCCUGCUGAUCCCGCAAGGCCCUGUCCUUGGAGCUGUGGGAGCCUACGACUGGUCUGGAGGAUUGACUCUAUAUCAAACCAGUAACCGGGAUCCAGAUUUUAUUAAUAUAUCCAAUACCCUCAAAGAUAUGAAUAAUUCCUAUCUUGGCUAUUCUUCUCAGCCUGUCCAGUUCAAUGGGAGGAAUGGUCUGGUUGUGGGAGCCCCUCGCUAUGACCACAUCGGCAAAAUUGUCUACUUUGAGAAUGAAGCCCUGAGUGGGGAAUGGCAGCUGAAGAUGGAGGCAGUAGGGGAGCAGGUUGGUUCUUACUUUGGGGCAACUCUCUGCCCAGUGGACCUCAAUCAAGACACAAGCACAGAUUUAGUUCUGGUUGGCGCUCCCAUGUACUACGAUGCCACUGCAGGUGGAAGGGUUCACAUCUGUCUUGUUAAGAAGGAAGCGUUUUCGUGCACAGACAGCAACACAGCUUUAAAAGGAGAGCCAGGACAUUUGUUUGGUCGCUUUGGGGCCAGCAUGGCAGAAGUGGGUGACAUCACAGGGGACAAAUGGACAGAUGUAGCCAUUGGGGCUCCCUUGGAAGACGAGAAUGCAGGAGCCGUGUAUAUCUUUUCAGGAAAAAGGGCAUCCAUCAAGCGCAGUUAUGUUCAGCGCAUUGCGGGACUGAAGUUUUCUGGACAGUUUUCUUAUUUUGGCCAAGCCCUCAGUGGAGGAAGAGAUCUUACGGGAGACGGUCUGAAGGACAUCACUGUGGGACAACAAGGAAGAGUUUUGCUGAUGAGGUCUCGUCCUGUUCUGCAAGUGAAGGUCUCCAUCGUGUUCUACCCAUCUUCCAUCCCAACCUUAGUCUUCCAGGGGCAGAGGCCAACAUCUCGGGAAAAUGUGGCCAGCGUGGCAGAAGUGUGCUUUACUGUUUCAAAAGUCACUCGGGAUUUCCUAGAUGAAAUCCGUAGUGAGCUUUCCUACCGCCUGACCCUGGAUUCUCACAGAAUAAAAGCUCGGGCCUCCUUCACUUCUAAGUCUCCCAUCCUGCAAGCAAACAUUUCGAUUGGACUUGAGCGAAAGUGUCAGAAGCAUCAGAUUGAACUAUCUGUUGGCACUGAGGAUACCCUGACACCCAUCACUUUAAGGCUGAAUUAUAACCUCACAGGAAAAUCCAUCGCCAAAGUCCCAGAUCUCCUGCCCAUCCUGAGCAAACAGUCAAAGCAAAACUACACAGCCGAGCUCCCCUUUGAGAAGAACUGUGGGGAUGAUGGGCUAUGUGAAGACAUUUUGCAAACCUCGUUUACUUUCUCAGGCCUGCAAACUUUAGAUGUGGGUUUGACUCCCGAGUUCACCAUAACAGCCUCCCUUCAGAACCACGGGGAGGACUCCUAUCGCAGCACUUUACGCUUCUUCUACCCUGCAGGGCUCUCUUAUCGCAAAGUCACCUUGCUACAACAGGUCAGCAGAAAGGUGACACGGGUCCAAUGCCAUUCAGCCCCUGCCUUGGAAGAAGAGGCCAGCCGGAACGCCACCUGUAACAUCAACCACCCUAUUUUCUGGAGUGGAGCAGAGGCUAUUUUUGUUGCCACCUUUGAUGUCUUCCCAGAUGCUGAUCUAGGGAAUACACUGCAGAUCAUGGUCAAAGCUGAGAGUGAAAAUGGGAACACCAGCACCAAGGACAUCAGUUAUGAAGCCACUUUGCCUGUCAGAUAUGCUGUAUACCUACUUAUCAACAUGGGCGAAGAGUCCACCAAGUAUGUGAACUUCACCGUUGGCCAAGAAGAUGCACAAAAGAGUGUUGAACACCGAUAUGAGGUGAAGAAUCUUCAUGAACGAAGCAUCCCUUUCACGGUGACAUUUCAGAUCCCAGUAAAACUGAAAGGGAUUCUGGUUUGGAAUGUGUCUCAAGUUAUUCCUUCUGAGCCUGAAGUUGCCAUGUGUGUCUUGGAGAGAGAAACUUCAGAUUCCAAGGAUCUUCCGGCAAAUGAGGCACAACUCCAGCUGGACUGCUCCGUUGCUUCUUGCAAAAUCAUCCGUUGCGAUGUUUUGUCACUGAAGGUACACAAAAGGCCACUGGAGUUCGGGAUCAAAGGAGACCUCAGUUUCACCUGGACAUCUCAGGUAGAGAGGCUGGAUUUCUUGAACUGUGCGAUAUUCACAAGUAGUCCUUCUCCACCCCAAAGCUCAAAGGGUCAGUACAACACAUUCUUCCAAAAAAACCCACAAACAAAUAGCAUGUCAUCGUUCAAAAAUAACGCAUCUCGCUUCCAGAUCCAACAGAAGAAAAUUAUUUUGGUGAGCUCCGCACAGGUUUCUUAUGACCAGAAAAAAUACACACAGCAAGAGGGCUUUUCACAAACUCAGGUGCAGACAAUGGUGGAGCUGGUCAAGAUCUACAACAGCCUCCCAGUUAUCAUUGGCAGCUCUUUUGGAGGCCUAAUUCUUCUAGCUCUGACAGCUGCAGCUUUGUAUAAGGUUGGGUUCUUCAAGCGUCAAUACAAGCAGAUGCUGGAGGAGGCUGGAGCUGAUCACGCCAUUGACCCACCCUCACAAAAUGUAGAGUCAUCUCCUCCUAGCAAUGACACUGUUUCCUAAUAAUCUUGCUGACCUCUGUUUCUUAGUUUUGUUUCUCAGCUUCUCGAAAGUCCAUCAAUAGAUCCAUUGAUUAGGUUCUCAAAAUUCCAUCAGCAGGUCCACCAGUAGGAGCAUCAAGUCCCGGAUUUGUACACAUUCUUUAAGUUAGCAAAUCUGAGGUAACUUGAUUCAAAACAUGUUGCCCUAUGAUGCAUUGUUUCUACUAGUUGAAGGUGACAAACAGACAAAUAAAAAGAAGAGUUUUAGUAGCACCGCUAGUAGGCACAAGUAAUAGCAGCACUCAGAGCCAAGGGAUAUAGUUGGUAAUGCCUUAAAGUAGCCACUGGAGUACACAAAAUGUCUCCCUCCCAUUAAAAACAGCAGAAAGCGGAGCCACGAAGAACCUCUUGUUGAAAACAACCAACAGAAAACCUUUAAUAAACUUACUGGUGGCAAAGCAAACACAUCUCUUCCACAAUUUUAGUCAAGUGCUCUUUUCAAAUAUCCAUGGAAUACAGGCAGUCCUCGACUUAUGACCGCAAUUGAACCCAACAUUUCAGUUGCUAAGGGAGACAUUUUGUUGAGUUUUGACCCAUUUUAUGACCUUCCUUGCCAUAGUUGUUAA